AUGGCGGAGGAAGACGACGACCUGGUGCCGAGCCCGCCGCGGCGCACCCCGAGGGACGCUCCGGGCGCCGGGAGCAGAUACCGGACCCCGACGCGUCGGUCCUCCGCGCGAACGCCUCGCCGCGGCCGCGACCAUCGCGACGGGGACGGCCCCCCAUCGCGGUAUCUCAGCGGGCAGUUGCUCACGUUCUGCGUCGCCGCGGUUGGGUUCUUCGCGCUCUCGUCGCACACGGCGCGGCAACACAACGGGGCGUUCGAGCGACACUUCCAGGAGCUCGCCAAGGUCAAGGACGACCGUCGCAGGCUCCGAGAGGAGGUGGAGGCGCUCAGGGCGGAGAACGCGCGGCUAAGGGGCGGAGAGCCAUUGAACGGGCGAACGUAG